GUGGAUCUGCUUGGGAACUUUCAAAGUGUCCGGCGAGAACCCUAGCGAACUGAACUGCUCCGACCAUGGCCUGUGCAGGGACUUGGCGUGCAGGCUCCGUUCUCCGUAACAAAAGGAAACUGCCGAUUUGGCUUUAAGCUCCGAGAGGUGCAGAAUGGAAAGGCCUGCGUGCACAUUUUUCAACAGCUAAGUUAAAAUCUCUCCCUUCUCUGACGGAUACAAAAGCUGUGGGAUUCUUUUUGUUUGUCUUUUUUCCGCCCUAACCAUGGGAUGUCUGUACUCGGUCCCACAAGAGGACCUGACUCUGGGGAGAACAUCCUCGGUGAGGGAGAGCAGCUUUGUUGAGAAGAUGAAGAAAACGGGGCGGAACAUCGUGGUGUUUUAUGGUUCCCAGACUGGUACAGCAGAGGAGUUUGCCAACCGCCUGUCCAAAGAUGCCCAUCGUUACGGCAUGAGGGGCAUGUCAGCGGACCCGGAGGAGUAUGAUUUGUCUGAUCUGAGCCGCCUCUCUGAGAUUGACAAUUCCUUGGCCGUGUUCUGCAUGGCUACGUACGGAGAGGGUGAUCCCACGGACAAUGCCCAGGAUUUCUAUGACUGGCUGCAGGAGACUGAUACUGACCUGACUGGUCUCAAAUUUGCAGUGUUCGGCCUGGGCAACAAGACGUACGAGCACUUCAACGCGAUGGGGAAAUACGUGGACAAGAGGCUGGAGCAGCUCGGAGCCCAGCGGAUGUUUGAGCUCGGCAUGGGAGAUGACGACGGGAACCUGGAAGAGGACUUCAUCACUUGGCGGGAGCAGUUCUGGCCGGCAGUGUGCGAGCACUUUGGCGUGGAAGCUACCGGAGAGGAGUCCAGCAUCCGUCAGUAUGAGCUGGUGGUCCACACAGACAUCAAUAUGAACAAGGUCUACACUGGCGAGAUGGGCCGGCUGAAAAGCUACGAAAGCCAGAAACCCCCGUUUGAUGCAAAGAACCCUUUCCUGGCACCUGUUACCCUGAACCGAAAGCUGAACCAGGGCGGAGAGAGGCACCUCAUGCACUUGGAAUUGGACAUCUCUGGCUCCAAAAUCAGGUAUGAGUCCGGGGACCAUGUUGCUGUGUACCCAGCCAACGACACAUCACUAGUGAACCAGAUCGGCGAGAUUCUGGGCGCAGAUUUGGAUAUGAUCAUGUCCUUAAACAACCUGGAUGAGGAAUCCAAUAAGAAGCAUCCGUUCCCCUGCCCCACCACGUACCGAACAGCCCUGACCUAUUACCUGGACAUCACCAACCCGCCGCGCACCAACGUCCUAUACGAGCUGGCUCAGUACGCCACAGACCCCAACGAGCAGGAGCACCUCCGCAAGAUGGCGUCUUCCGCUGCCGAGGGGAAGACGCUGUACCUCAGCUGGGUUUUGGAGGCCAGAAGGAACAUAUUAGCCAUCCUGCAGGAUGUAUCUUCUCUCCGACCUCCCAUCGACCACCUCUGUGAGCUGCUGCCUCGCCUGCAGGCCCGUUACUACUCGAUUGCCUCCUCUUCCAAGGUUCACCCUCACGCCAUCCACAUCUGCGCUGUGGUUGUGGAAUACGAGACCAAGACAGGCCGGUUGAACAAAGGAGUGGCCACUACCUGGCUGAAGAACAAGGUGCCCAAUGAAAACGGGCACAAGUUGACGGUGCCCAUGUACGUCAGGAAGUCACAGUUCCGGUUGCCUUUCAAACCCAACACGCCCGUCAUCAUGAUCGGGCCCGGGACUGGGAUCGCCCCGUUCGUUGGCUUCGUUCAAGAACGGGCCUGGCUGAAGCAGCAAGGGAAGGACGUUGGCGAGACGGUGCUGUACUACGGCUGUCGCCAUGAGAACGAGGACUACCUGUACCGAGAGGAGCUCGCCCAGUUCCACAAGGAGGGAGCCCUCACCCAGCUCAACGUCGCCUUCUCCAGGGACCAAGCCCAGAAGGUCUACGUUCAGCACUUGCUGAAGAAGAACAAAGAGGGGGUCUGGAAGCUGAUCCACGAGGGGAACGCUCACAUCUACGUGUGCGGCGACGCUCGCAGCAUGGCGCGGGACGUGCAGAACACCUUCUACGAAAUCGUGGCCGAGUUCGGGAGCAUGACCCAGCCCCAGGCCGUGGACUAUGUAAAGAAACUGAUGACCAAGGGCCGCUACUCCCUGGACGUCUGGAGCUAAGCCGGGCUCCCGGGCGGGGGAGAGGAAGGAUUCCCCGACGGCUGCUGGACCUGCCCCAGCCAUUGCAAGAACGUGCCACUGAAACGAAACUAAACCUUAGAUCCCCUCACCUGGUAAUCGCCCUCUGUACCCGCCUCCCCCCUCCGCUAGACUGCUCUCGAGAGCCCUGCGAAGGGCGGGGCGGGAACUGCUGAAAUCCCCCUGGGUUUUCUGGGGGAAGACGCGUCUCCACUGCGGUGGCCGGGCUCGCCCCUGGAACUAGCAGGAGCCAGGGCUUGAUGACCCCCUCCCCCCCCGGAGCUGCUUUGUGCUCCCAUGGAAACAGA